GGUAGCUUUCUUAUUACUGCAUCUGCAUCUCAUGAUUCACAUCAAUUUCUCCCUUCGUACCAUUUUAUCUCGGGUCUGAACGAAAAUUUGGAGUGUGAAAGUAUCGCAAUUAACACUGCACACAACAACUAUAUAACUCGUUUGAAGGAGAGUUUUGGAUUUAACAGAAAGUGGUUGCUUGCGUUAAUGCUACUACUCUCCUUCAGCUUCUUAAUCACUCACUCAAUCCUUUCUUCUUCUUCUUCUUCCCAGAGUCAACAAUGUCAGAUCCCAACCAGAUUUCGUUCGCUCAAGCCUUCUUUUGCAGCGCUUUCGCCGCCUGUUUCGCCGAGUUUUGUACCAUUCCUCUGGACACCGCUAAGGUCAGGCUUCAACUCCAAAAGAAGGUAGGGGUUGAUGAGGGAGUGGGUUUACCUAAAUACAAGGGCUUGCUGGGCACAGUUAAGACCAUUGCUAGAGAAGAGGGUAUAUCUGCCCUGUGGAAAGGCAUUGUUCCUGGUUUACACCGCCAAUGUUUAUAUGGGGGCUUAAGAAUUGGGUUAUAUGAUCCUGUGAAAACAUUUCUCGUUGGUAGUGCAUUUGUUGGAGAGGUUCCGUUGUACCAUAUGAUACUGGCUGCUCUGCUGACUGGUGCUUUGGCAAUCACAAUUGCUAAUCCGACUGAUCUAGUCAAAGUUAGGCUUCAAGCUGAAGGUCAAUUGCCAUCUGGGGUACCUAGGCGUUAUUCUGGCGCUAUAGAUGCAUAUUUAACUAUACUGAGACAAGAAGGGAUAGGGGCCUUGUGGACUGGUCUUGGGCCCAAUAUAGCUAGGAACGCAAUUAUAAAUGCUGCUGAAUUAGCAAGCUAUGAUAAAGUGAAACGGACGAUUUUGAAAAUUCCAGGGUUCAUGGACAAUGUCUAUACUCACCUACUUGCUGGCUUAGGUGCAGGUCUUUUUGCUGUCUUUAUUGGCUCUCCUGUUGAUGUGGUGAAAUCCAGGAUGAUGGGGGAUUCAACCUACAAAAGCACAUUUGACUGCUUUCUCAAGACUUUGCUUAAUGAGGGAUUUUUGGCCUUCUAUAAAGGUUUCCUACCUAAUUUUGGUCGAGUGGGAAUCUGGAAUGUAAUUUUGUUUCUUACCCUUGAACAAGCAAAGAGAGCUGUAAGAGGAUAAUUCUUGUUUCUAUUCAUGAUUAAGAUUCACCAAGCAGAUAUAGUGUUCUUUCUCCGGUGAUUGCUAUCAGAUGAACAACAGAUUUGUUAGAGGAGAAAGGUGGUUGGUCUUUCUACAUUUACUUCUGCCGUGUGGAUGGACGUCACGCUUCAUAUAUUCUUAGUCGAAGAAUAAACAGUCAAAUUAGCUUUGUCUCCUACUUGUGCUAUGUGGACGCCACAAUUCAAACAUUCUUAGCCACAAUGAACAGACCAUGAAAAUUACAUUUACUUGAAAGGCAUUCACUGUGCUGGAUUGAAUAGACAAAUGUUUUUCUGGGAAAUAAGUUGCGUAUUUCCCGGCUCAUUGAAUAGACAAAUGAAAUGAAACAUGUAUGAAUACUUAAGAGUAAUAGGGUCUAUUGUCAUUUUAGAAUGAAUAUUGAAUUUUGUUGGUUCCA